ACACAGGAGAAAUCUCAGACACAGCACUCACUGCACGCUGUAUUGGGUAGAGAUACCUCACAACCCCGCACAUUUACCCACAAGCACACACACCAGUUUGUAGCAUUGGCUGGUCGAGACGGACUAAACCUAUACACAGACCAAAAAAAGCCCAGGACAGAAAUCAUUCACACGCCCUGUGGAGAAUAUGUGUUAGCACAGCAAUCCCAGGACAACACCUAGUUGCUGAUGCAGAACACUGAACGUUGGCUGCAGUCCAGCUUCCCCAAUCCUUGGAAGUUUCAUAGACUGGGCACUCAUGUUGAUUGUUGACCCCCAAGGUCACCGAGACUCCAGCUAGGUAAUUCAACUCUUUCAAGUCAGGCACUGAGGACUGCUUUCCGUGAGGUAGACGAGGAGAAACAGGGUGCAAUCGACUCUUCCCUGGUACCCAACCUGGUCGGUAAACUCUUGGGAAGGCAGGUCACCAGGAACAACAACCUUAUCUUCUACAACACCACCAAGAACGGGUCUUUAUUUUGGUAAAGCAGCUGAUGGUGGAAUCGCUUAAACACCUUUGUGUUGUGAAGUUUUCAGACUUUGUCGCAAUCAUGUCAGAGGCUAUGGCGGAAACCACCAACUGGGGUCGGCUGCAGACAGAGGUUAAAGGUUACGUGGGCAUCGACACCAUACAGGAGCAGAUCAGGAAGAAGGCCCUCAAGAGGGGGUUUGAAUUUAACAUUAUGGUCGUGGGCUCCAGUGGUCUGGGCAAGUCCACCUUGGUCAACACACUCUUCAAGGCAAAGGUCAGCCGGCGGUCAUGCCUGCAGUCAGAGAAGGAUCCCGCCGUCAUCAUUCCCAAGACCGUGGAAGUACAGUCCAUUAGUCACGUUAUCGAAGAAAACGGUGUUCGGCUGAAGUUGACUGUCACAGACACACCAGGCUUUGGGGAUCAUAUCAAUAAUGAAAACUGUUGGCUGCCAAUCUUAGAAUACAUUAAUGAGCAAUAUGAGAAGUACCUUUCGGAAGAAAUCAACGUCAGCCGGAAAAAGCAGAUUCCAGACUCCAGGGUUCACGUGUGUCUGUACUUCAUUGCUCCAACGGGCCAUGGCCUGAAACCACUGGACAUCGAGUUCAUGAAGAGGUUGGACAAAGUGGUCAACGUGGUGCCGAUCAUUGCCAAAGCAGACACACUGACGAUUGAGGAGAGAGAACACUUCAAAGCAAGAAUAAAACAAGCUUUGAAUGAGGCUGGCAUCUCGACAUAUCCCAUGAAAGAGCUGGAGACGGACGAGGAGGACGAGAACAUCAACUCGCGCAUCAGGGACCAGAUGCCGUUUGCUGUGGUGGGCAGUGACAAGUCACACCAGGUGGACGGCAAAGAAGUGCUGGGAAGGCUGACCAACUGGGGACUCAUAGAAGUUGAGAACCACAACCACUGUGAAUUCUCCAACCUGCGCGACAUGCUGAUCCGGACGCACAUGCAGGACCUGAAGGAUGUGACGCACUGCAUCCACUACGAGAACUUCCGCUUCGAGAGGCUGAACGCUCGCCGGAAAAUAGACAAGGGCGAGGACCAGGAGAGCAGGUGCUGAUGACUGAAGGCACGUUGGUCCAUUGGUGUCUAGAUGAAAGCUGAUACAUCUACCAAUUCAACAAAAUGAAGAUCUCUCUUCCAUGCUCUGUGUCUUUAUCAUGUACCUCACGCUUCUUCAGAAUGAAAAUUUUGAAAAGUUUCUAAAAGUAAAGUUGGUGUUAGAUAAUUUUUGUUUUGGAAUAAUCCCUACAUGAUUAAUGAAAUUGGAUUGAAUAAUACAAUUUUAUAAUCAAGGGGUCCAGAGAAAGGUUAAAAAAAUGCAGUUAGAUUUAAACAGGUGCGGCUCUGGAAACAAACGUUUCAAAUACAAUACAUAACUUGAAGCAUAGAUCAGAAUUGUUCAGUGCACAGGACUUUCGAUGGUUAAAUUGAAAUAACAUAAUAAUUUUGUCAAGACUUGUUGAAGGCAAAGGUUGUCUGGUUUUUGAAUUCACAUCAAAUCUUUGGUCAGCUGACAGUGAGUGAAGAUGUAUUUGUGUUCUAAAUCACACAAGACUUUAACACUGUGACCUGUUCAUUGACUUGAAUAUUGUGUGACGGGACUUGCAAUUCUGUAGAGUCAAUUCAAAGUCUGACUAUUAUCCCAUUGCGCGAGGGUGAGAGUGAUCAAACCAGUGAACCAACCAAUCCAGCAAGUUAUUGAGUAAUGAUUUAAUGUCAAAUUGGCUGCUCCACUCUGCAUUUACUGUGUUAAAAUGAGUUUUGGCACUGAUUGUGUCUUUGUAAUUUAGGUGGAAAUAAUAACAAACGUACACACAAUAUUGCAUUAAACUUAACUGUAACUUUCAAAACAAAUGUGUCAGAAUUUUUAGCUGAUCUUUCUGCACUGGCACAUGAUAUAAAACCCACCGUGCUUAACUUUUGGUGCUAUACAUAUUUUCUUAAACAUAAAGCCUGUCCACAUGGAAGUAAUACUGAAAAAGGAUAAUUUUAACUUCCUGACAUUAGUAAAACUAAUAUCCAAUACUGUUUUUUCAAGACUUUUUUCAACAUUUGUAUUUCACAUAAGCAUUCUCCACAUAAACAUUACAACUUCAAUACUGCUUGUUUAAUUAACUCUCAAAUUAUUAUCACGGUUAUGUUGCUUUCAAAAAUCUAUUUGGUAAUCAGUACCAGUAUUGUAACCUUACAUAUUGUUAUUUUACAUUUAUUUAUUCCUGUUUCAGAAAACACUUCUUUGCUUUUUUCAAACAGGCCUGAAUAUUUCAUAGAAAUAUGGCUGGCUAUGAUGCAGAUAUGUAUAUUAAACUGUUUGGAGCAUUGUGUAGGAUUCUGUGAACGAACUAAUGUUGUCCUAUAACAUGAACAUUGGAAAGUUUAUGUAGAAUUUAAAUGUUGUUUUGAAAUUGGCAAUUUUUUGUGGGGGGGGGAGUGCUUGAACAUAACAGUACAUUAUUCAUCCUAAUUUGUGCUUGCAAUUCCCGGUGAAUGUCCGGAUUCUUUCAAGAUUUUGUUUCUUGUAAUAAAAUCUAACAGGAAAUGCUUGAUGUCGAUGUCUUCAAUUUAAUUUUCAGAUGACAUUUUCAAACUUGAGCUGUUCCACUUAUAUUACAAACCUUAAAAUGCUUUUUUUGUCAUGAAGAAAUCUUUUCAU